ACUGUUUACGCGGUACCGUUAGUACCGGUUCCUGCCCACCUCUGCAGUCAUCAGCUGACUUUUGACACUUGGGGAAAGGGAUUGCAUAAGACCUUUGUACUCUGCUUUGUGUGACCCUCGCCCUUGCCUGCCAUUUAACGUGGGGAGGCCUUGAGAAGCACUACCAGAGCCUAGAGGAUGAUCAAGCGACUUCUUUACCUCAUCUUCCUAUUAUCAUUAUGGUUGGGUGGGAUUGCCCUGCAGACUGUGGUGGGGGGCGCUGCUGUGACUCUGUUUGUGGUUUAUAUUAUUGCACCGCUGGUCUUCCAUUAUUCUCCAUCUCUUCAGCGGCAUAUUGUCUUCCUUAAUUUUUUGAAUGUGCCAAAUGUUGACUACAACAGCCCUGAGAGGGAAGGCUUGCCUGGAACCCGCAACUUCUACCUACAGACAGAGAGAAAUGUGAAUGUUGGAGUCUGGCAUAUUCUUCCUGAGUCACUGGUCUCAUCUGCCCCAGAGAAAGGAUCCUCAGACUUUGAGGAUUGGUAUGUAAAGAGUAUGUCUGACCACCGCCCUGUGAUCCUCUACCUGCACGGCAACACCUCCUCCAGGGCCACAGCUCACAGGAUUGAACUCUACAGUGUUCUCAGAAAAAUGGAUUACCAUGUUGUAGCAUUUGAUUAUAGAGGGUACGCAGACUCCUCUCCUGUGCAGCCCAACGAGACAGGUGUGGUGCACGAUGCCAAGGUUGUGUACAGAUAUGUGAGGGAACGCUGUGGUUCCUCUCCCUUGUUUGUAUGGGGCCACUCUCUCGGAACGGGAGUAUCUGCCCAUGCUGUUGGGGACCUGUGUCUUGAAGGAGAAAAUCCAACUGCUCUGGUGUUGGAGUCACCUUUCAAUAACAUUAAAGAUGAAGUAAAAUUUCAUCCCCUCUCUUCAAUAUUCCGCAAAAUGCCAAAAUUUGAUUGGCUCUUUCUUAAGCCUCUGGCAUCUUCUGGGAUAGAUUUCCGGACUGAAGAACAUAUUGCACAUGUGGCGGCCCCUGUCCUGAUUCUCCAUGCAGAGGAUGACCUUGUUGUGCCCUUCACCCUUGGAAAGAAGCUGUAUGACACAGCCCAGAGAGUGCGUUCUCAAACUGCCCCACCCGUCAAGUUCAUAGACUUCGCUGCUAAGUUUGGGUAUGCGCACAAGUACAUCUGCCGUGCCCCUGAACUGCCAGACAUAAUCAGGGACUUUUUCUGCAAAGCAGUGGAAAUGAAGAAUUAAUAUGUAGAUAAGAUAUUUUAGAGUAAAUCAGUAUAUGUAUGAUAAUAAAGAGAUUAGUGGGACCAACUGUUAGAAAAUUGGAUGCAGUAAUGUUUGUCACUCAUAUUUUAUGAAGUAACAAAGUAUUUAUACAGAAAAUAUAUAUGACAGUUAUUAAAGAUAUACAGAUGUAUUUUAUCUCUUAUAGUGAGUCUUAUUAUAAUCUAAGAUUUUCAAGCAGAAAAAAAGUUGCCUGUGCGUGAAUCGUUUUAGUAAGACACUGACUGGAGGAGUAGAUAUUUUUUCCUACAAGUUUAGGUAAUGAGCUUCAUUAAUUCUGCUAAUUAUGAAUUAAAAGAUUUUUAGAAGCAAGUUUUUACCGUAUAUACUUGCGUAAAUGUUGAUCUAAAGUAAAAAUCGAUUCCCCCCAAUUAUUGUCUUAAAAUAUCUGAAAUUUCACCCAUAUUGCAUGUAAAAAGUUGGCUUGUUUUAUACUUCAAAGAAAUAAAAUUCAUAACUUAACUUUGGAGUUAGAAUGAAAAGAUAUUUAAGAGUCUUGAUACACAAGUGGGCAAAAGCACCACUGUGAGAGUACUCACAGAAGGGGUUGAAUACCUACUUGUGAGAGUUCAAAAUACCAAGGUCAUACUCAAAUGAAAUGCAUAUUUGUCAAGGCUUUACACGUCAGGGCAGAGCAUCUAUGCAAAAUACACAUAUUGCAAAAAGUUACUCAUAAAGGAAAUAUGAAUGAAAGUUUUAUAAUCUAUAAUGAGAAUUUAUCAUAUUUUAGAUGUAUCAGAAAGGCAUUAUUACUGUAACUGGUGCUGGCACUGGUAAUAACAGUCCCAGCUGUAUGACCCAGCACUGCUGCCAGACUGUUCAGUAAGUACCAUUACCAUGUUGAAUGGCUGCUUCUGUUGGCACCAGUGCUGGUACCUGUCCAACCCCACCGCUGCGCUGACACGUCAUCUGUUUGUUUGUUUACGGUCAUCAGCUGAUUGGCUACUUCUAGUUAUGAUCCAAUUUUGAUUACCUGCUUCAUAUUUUAUUACCUUAUUUUUUAUGGAAAUAAGCAUUCAUUAGUAAAAAAUUUGCAUGAUAUGAUAUAUGGUUGAGCAACUAAAGUUGAAAAAGAAAAUGGCAAAGACUUACGGGUGAAUACCCAACAGUAAAGUGAGAUUUUAAUGACUACGUAUUUAUAAGAAGUUAUGUAAAUUAUAGUACAGUUUGUAGUAUAUAUAGCUGAUGACUGAUGCUAUUUAUGAUAUUUAAUGUUGCUUUGUGCAUGUAUACAUCGUCCUUUUCUUAGGAAUAGACGAAUCGUCUGUGGACCGUGAAUAGUUGGGAGUGGUGCCGCAAAAAUUCCUUUGCGAAUGCCCCCAUGCAAUUGGGUGAAAAUCUGUGAAUGUACGAAUUCGUCAGUAGUGAACCCACGAAUAUGGGGGGGACAGGUGUAUUAUGAUUAUAACCAUACAAUACGGACAUGGGAUAAUAGUAAUAGAAUAUUACAGCAUUUCUAGAGUAAUAAUAAUAGUAAUGGAUAACAAUUUCCACUGCAAUAGUAAUAAUAAUAGUAAUAGAAGACAAACCAAUAGAUGUGUUCUAGAAGAUUUUUUGUUGCUAUUCUAUUUCUAUUACUAUUCAAUUACUAUUAUUCUCUAUCAUUUUCUUCAACAUGUCUAUCAUUUAUUGAUGCCACACAAUACAAAAAAUAAUUCAUUACUGUUUUUAAAGCCAUCUUCCGUACCUCCUUAACUUCUUCUUCCUUUUAAUAUACACAUCAUCAUUUGUCUUUAUUGUGCAUGUAUCACUUUUGCCUCCCCCAUUUACCAUUAUCUUCCUUCAAGAAGAGCAUUUUUCUCUCCAUAUAUUUUGCUGGCACGGUCUUGCCAAAUUCUUCAUCUACUUAUUUUCCCCUACCAUUGCUUUCACCAGUGCCUCAUUCUCUCCUUAUUUCUUUCCCAUUGCUCUCUCACUUCUGACACAUUUAUGUAGAGAGAAUAGAGCUAUGCCAUUGGCUUAGGUAUAGCAAUGCUGGAAGGGUAGCUAAUGAGAUUAGCCACAUCCCUGUAAGUACUUGCUGGAGGAUCCUUCAGAACUGCAAGUUUUUCCAGAGCACAGAGUUCUUUGCAAGUGAGCAUAGGCUUGUUGUUGCAAUACUCAAGCCUCAUGUCAAAUCAGGAAGAAUCUCCAGAUUUAAUCAUACUGUGUUACAUCUUGAGAGACUGAAUGCCUUGGUAUGUGCUCAUGAGUAUACAAUGACAGUCUCAAAUUGGUUCAAUGUUCUCAGCACCCUUAAGGACCCUGUAGAAUUGUGGGAUACCUUCAAAUGUGAAACUCUUCAAACAGCAAAGGAGUGGAUCAAGAAGUGGUGUUCCCUGGAGAAUAUUGAAAAGUCACGCUGUCAGGGCCUUGUCAUGUAGGACUAGAGCUCUCUUGAGGAGAGACAAGAGGUAUGUCAUGAGUUUUGUUGAGGAUGUCAAGAGUCAUUUCAGUGCAAAUGAUCACCGACCUGCUCCGCUCUACUCCGUGCCUCCCUUUUAGGUGAGCACUGUUUGAACAGCAGAUGCUUGCCUUGUGUCAGACAGAUAAAUGGGCAGAGGGCUCAAUAGGCUGAGUACUUUGGGCAGUUGUACGUGGCAGACCCUCUGAGCAGACUGUUCCUAACUGCUGGGCUGCAAAUGGCAUAUGCUGAUCCACCCAUUGAUGAAGCCAACCUUCUCUUGAUGAGGGCUGUGGCAAAGUUGAGGAGUGGAAGGGCAGCUGGUAUUUGUAAAAUCAGUAUGGAGCUGAUCAAAGCUGGAGGUGAGGGUGCAUGCAGUCUUGGCUGAUGUAUGGCAAUCUUGUACCAUUCCUCCUGACAUGGAACACCCACAGAGUUUGUGACUUGAGCAAGUUGAUAGACCCUGCUAUAAGAUAGGUACUUAAGAUGGGGAGGGGGUCUGCAUGUAGACUUGCUCAGAGGAACCUGUGUUUGACCAUGUAAGGUGGGCAAGGGAAUGCCCCCCCCCCCACACACACACACACAAAUUGAGUUAGAUGGAAGAUACAAUGUAUGGAGGAAGGAUAGAAUGGGCAAAGGCGGAGGAGGAGUGGUGAUAAUGAUAAAGAAAGAGUUAUUUGUUAAAUCAAUAGAAUAUGGAGAAGGAAAAGCAGAAAUAGUGAGUGUAAGCUUGGAAAACAAGAAUAGAGAAAGGAUGACGAUUGCAGUAACAUAUAUACCACCAAAAACUACAUCAUGGAGUAAAGAAGAUUAUGAAAACAUGAUUGAUGACACCAUACAGAGUUUGAGGAGAUUACUUAAGGCAAACAAAGGAGUAAUACUAGUUGGCAAUUUCAAUUGCAAAGAGGUUGACUGGGAGAGGUUUGAGAGCAAUGGUAGUGAUGUGGCAUGGGGGAAUAGAUUCUUAAAUUUAAUGAUGGAAAAUUUGAUGUUACAAAGAGUGAAGGAAAGCAUUAGAUAUAGAAGAGACAAUGAACCGGCAAGACUGGAUUUGGUGUUGACAAGAGAAAUUCACGUGAAGGAUGAAUUGAGGUGUGAUUGCCCCCUGGGAAAAAGUGAUCACGUGCUCAUAGAGAUGGAAAUGGAGGAGAGAGGAAGGGAACAAGACGAGACUUAUAGAAGCAAUAGAUUAAACUAUAGGAAAGCAGGGGUGGAAAACCUCAAGAAGUUUUUUGGUGAAAUGGAUUGGAAGUUCAAGGAAAGUAUGAUAUUUUCAUGAAGGCGUACAACACAGGUGUUAUGAAGUUCGUACCAAAAUACAGACCGAGAGAGAGAGCUAAAAAGGACUGGUUUAAUGCAAGAUGUACAAAGGCAAAAGAAAAGAGAGACAAAGCAUGGUCAAGAUUGAAAAGAAACAAAAAUCAAAGAAACACAAGACUUUAAGGCAGCGAGAAAUGAGUACGUGAAAGUGAGAAAGGAAGAAGAGAAACGAUACGAAAAGGAUAUUGUGGAAAAGUGUAAAGAACAACCUAAACUAUUUUAUAGAUUUAUAAAUGGAAAAAUUAAAUCAAGAGAAACAAUUGAAAGACUGACUGAAGAGAAUGUAGAGAUCAAGGAUCCCAAAGGCAUGGUGGAAUUAUGUAACAAAAAAUUCCAGCAAGUGUUUACCAAAGAAUCAUUAUUUAAUGAACCACAAGAAAACAACUUAGAUGUAUAUAUGGAAGAGGUCAAAAUAGAUAAAGAGGAGAUAAAAAAAACUAUUGGGGGAAUUGGAAGAAGGGAGGGCCGUGGGACCGGAUGGAGUUUCAGGUUUUAUACUUAACCCUCUCGCGCACGAUGACACGUUUCGCGUCAUCAAAGGGUAAAAGGUCCUGGCGCAGGAUGACGCGAAACCGCGUCAUAAAAGGUAAAAAAUUUAUUAAAAAUUAAGUUUUCGGUGAAAGUGCGUCAAAUUUGGGAGAGUCAUUUGUUGGGAUAAGUUUCUUAGUGGUAACAUAUGGCAAUCUUUCUAAGGAGCGUAGAUGAGGAGCUUUGAGCGAUUUUUAUUUGUUAGCCUACUCUGACAGGAAAGGAAAAUAAUACAGUUUUCUCAGUGUAACUCGAGAACUAAUAGGCAUAUGAAGAUUUUGAGUAUACCAUAAGAAUCCUCACUAAAUUCCGCUUCGAAACAUAUAUUCGGCUAAAAAAGUUGGCCCACAAAAUUUUGAGCUAGCGAGUGGGGAAGAGAUGGUACUUUGGAUUUGUUUUCUACAAUACUCUAUACGGAGACUUGAAACAAGUUUGUAUUGCUUAUAUAUAUAUAUAUAUAUAUAUAUAUAUAUAUAUAUAUAUAUAUAUAUAUAUAUAUAUAUAUAUAUAUAUAUAUAUAUAUACUUUCCUCUAUUUUUAUUUGCACAUGUUCUAGUAAAAGUCUUUAUGAAGCCACUGAUAUCAAAUUUAUUGGGGUACGAUGUAUCUGUGAGGGUAAAAUACGUCCGGGAAUGUAGAGUAUCACGGCGGCAAAAAAAGGCCGGUCAGGCCUGAGAAAUGUAUGAUGAGUGGAACAGAAACUUAUUGGAAACUUAUGGUGCACGAGAGGGUUAAAGAGUGCAGAAAUGAGUUAGUCAGCCCGAUAUAUGACAUCAUUAGGGGCUCAAUAAAAACUGGCACAGUGCCUAGGGAGUGGAAGAGGGCAGAAGUGGUACUUAUAUACAAAAGUGGAAAAAAGGAAGAACCCCUAAAUUACAGACCGGUGUCUCUGACCAGCGUAGUAUGUAAAAUAUGUGAGAAAUUAAUAAAAGAACAAUGGAUGAGAUUUCUAGAAGAACAUAAUCUAAUCACAAACAAUCAAUAUGGGUUCAGGAAAGGCCGCUCAUGUGUGACAAACUUGCUGAACUUUUACUCAAGAGUGACGGACAAAUUACAGGAAAGAGACGAAUGGGUGGAUUGCAUUUACCUGGACUUAAUGAAGGCAUUUGACAAAGUUCCACAUUCACGACUGCUGUGGAAACUAGAAAAUAAAGGAGGAUUGAGAGGGAAAAUGAAGUGCUGGAUGGAAAGCUACUUAAGAGGAAGAGAGAUGAGAACAGUGGUUAAGGACACUAGAUUGGGAUGGAGAACGGUGGAAAGUGGAGUGCCCCAGGGGUCGGUUUUAGCACCAGUACUCUUCCUAGUCUAUAUUAAUGAUAUGCCAGAGGGAAUAAAAAGCUACAUGAGCCUGUUCGCAGAUGAUGCUAAACUGCAAAGACAUAUAAGAAACAGUGAAGACUGCAAGGAGCUGCAAGAAGAUCUAAACAAGAUUUGGAAAGGGAGUCAGAAAUGGGAGAUGAAAUUCAACGUGAAGAAAUGUCAUGUUAUGGAAAUGGAAAAAGUGUAGAAAGACCAAAAUGGACAUAAAAUGGGAGAUGGUGAAAUAUUAAAGAAAGUAAAUGAAGAGAGAGACCUGGGAGUAAUAAUGCAAGAGUAUAUGCAACCAGAAAGUCAUAUAAAUCAGAUCUUCGGUGGUACAUAUAACAUGGUGAGAAAUAUAGGUAUAGCAUUCCACUACAUGGAAUGCAUAUGAUCUCUGUUAGUUAGUAUGCAUAUGCUCCCCCCAAGCAAGCCUCCAUGCAGCUACCCUUACCGUUCCCAUGAAUUCACUCAUCCUCCUUCCAUAGAUGUAAUAACUUUCAUGCAGUCUCUCACUUGCCUUUUUUUUUUUUUUUUUUUUUUUUUUUUUCCC